AUGGAACAAGAAAAUUGUUCACAAACUUCAGAAUUUCUUCUCCUGGGAUUUUCAGAGGAACCAGAAUUGCAACCCCUCAUAUUUGUGAUUUUUCUCUCCAUGUACCUGAUCACUGUGUUUGGGAACCUUUUCAUCAUUUUGGCUGUCAUCUCAGACUCUCACCUCCACACGCCCAUGUACUUCUUCCUCUCCAACCUGUCCUUUGUGGACAUCUGUUACACAUCCACCACGGUCCCCAAGAUGCUGGCGAACAUCCAGGCGCACAGCAAAGUCAUUACGUAUGAAGGUUGCAUCACCCAGAUAUAUUUUUUCAUAGUCUUUGUUACAGUAGACAUCAUUCUCCUGACGGUGAUGGCCUAUGACCGCUUUGUGGCCAUCUGCCACCCCCUCCACUACACGGUCAUCAUGAACCCCCAGGUUUGUGGGCUGUUGGCUGUUGGAUCCUGGGUCACGAGCACCCUGCAUUCGUUAAUGCAUUCUUUAUUGUCUCUGCAAAUGUCCUUCUGUACAAACUUGGAAAUUCCCAACUUCUUUUGUGAACUCAAGCAAGUGGUGCAGUUGGCCUGCUCUGACACUUUAUUUAAUGAUGUAGGGAUGUACUCUGCUGCUGUCGUGGUGGGCGUUGGCUCCCUGGCUGGGAUCCUUUACUCUUACUCUAAGAUAGUCUCCUCCAUACGUAGAAUCUCAUCAGUUCAGGGGAAGUAUAAAGCCUUUUCCACCUGUGCAUCUCAUCUCUUCGUCGUCUCCUUAUUUUAUUGCACGAGUCUGGGAGUGUACUUCAACUCCGCUAUUUCCCACAGCUCACAGUCAAGCGCCAUCGCCUCGGUGAUGUACACGGUGGUCACACCCAUGCUGAACCCCUUCAUCUACAGUCUGAGAAACAAGGACAUAAAGGGGGCUCUGAAAGCAUUCUUUGUGAAGGGACCCCCAGGGCAAUUGUCCUAG